CGAGUCGAGUUUACAUUUAGAUCGGAGCUCAGCUUUUACCUGCUGUGAGGAAAAGAAUCUCUCAGAAGAAAAUGCCUCAACUGGACCAAGAGAAGUUGUGCUGCUCAAUCUGUCUGGAACUUCUGAAGGAUCCAGUGACUCUUCCCUGCGGGCACAGCUACUGCAGAAUCUGCAUUAAAAAUCACUGGGAUGGAGAGGAUCACAAGGGAGUUCACACUUGUCCUCAGUGCAGAAAAAACUUCAUACCACGGCCAGUCCUGGGAAAAAACACCAUGUUAGCAGAGUUAGUGGAAGAGCUGAAGAACACUGAGCUCCAAGCUGCUCCUCCUGAUCAUGACACCUAUGCUGGACCUGGAGAUGUGCCCUGUGAUUUCUGCACUGGGAAGAAGCAGAAAGCCACCAACUCCUGUUUGCAGUGUCUGGUCUCUUACUGUGACAUACAUCUCCAGCCUCACUUUGAUUCCCAGGCCUUUCAAAGCCACAAGUUGGUUAAAGCCUCAGCAAACCUCCAGGAAAACAUCUGCUCUCUUCACAGUAAAGUGAAAGAAGAUUUCUGCCGCAAUGAUAAGCAAUGUAUCUGCUACCUCUGCUCUAUGAACGAACACAAAGGCCAUGAUAUUGUCUCAAUCGUGGCAGAGAGAGAUGAGAGGCAGAAUGAGCUUGAUCUGUGCCGGAAAAACAUCCAGGAGAGAAUCCAAGACUUGGAGAAAGAUCUCGCAGUGCUUCAGAAUCAGAUGGGGGUCAUCAGUGGUUCUGCAGAUGAAGCAGCAAGAAAUUGCCAGAUGAUGUUCAGCCAGCUGGUGCAACUCAUUGAGAGACGAAGCUCCGAAGUGCAGCACCAGAUCAGAUCCCAACAGGAAACCGAAGCACAUCGGGUCAAAGAGCUAGACAAGAAGUUGCAGCAUGAGAUCUCUGAGCUGAAGAAAAAAGAAUAUGAGCUGGAGCAGCUUUCUUACACAGAGGAUCACAACCAAUUUCUUCUCACUUUUUACACGCUGCCAGCGCUCAGUGAAUCUACGCACUCCAACACUGAUGUCCAUCCGCUGAGCUUUAAGGAGGUGACGGCAGGUGUCUCACGGCUCAAAGAGAAACUGCAAGACCUUCUGAGUCAGGACUGGAACAAGAUCUCACUGACUGAAGGAGAGGUGUUACCAAGACCAGCAGAGCCCAGGGCUUCAAUGAAACAACAAACACAUUUGGUGCUACCACCACAACAACAACCACCAGCAUUCAGACCACAAGAAGGGCCCACACCUACAGCCUAUCAACAUCGUGUGGUCCCACCACCACCACAACAACCACCAUCUUUCAAACCACAAGAAGGGCCCACACCUACAGCCUAUCAACAACCACGUGUGGUGCCACCAACACCACAACAACCACCAUCUUUCAAACCACAAGAAGGGCCCACACCUAUAGCCUAUCAACAACCACGUGUGGUGCCACCAGAUGCUGCAGUUUUUGUGCCAAAAGCACAGCACAAGAACUCGCUGAAACAAACACCUUUGGGGCCCCCAGAGGACCCCAAGAGUUUAGUGCCACAACAGCCAGCUUUGAUACCACAACCAGUAUCUUUUGCACCACCAGCAGAGCCCAAGACCAGAGGUGAGUUCUUACAUUAUUCACUUCAAAUCACGAUGGAUCCAAACACAAUGAGCAAAUGGCUGUCACUAUCUGAGGGGAACAGGAAGGUCACAUACAUGAAGAAAGAACAGUUGUAUUCUGAUCAUCCAGAGAGAUUCAGCGACAGCUUUCAGGUCCUGAGCAGAGAGGCUCUGACUGGACGGCAUUACUGGGAGGUGAAGUGGAACAAGUUUGUUUCAGUCGCAGUCGCCUACAAGAGCAUCAGCAGAACAGGAAUUGAAAGUGAAUUUGGAUUUAAUGACAAGUCCUGGGCAUUAUGGUGUCGCAAUAAUGAAUUCAAACAUGGCAACAACUGCACCUUCGUCUCAGUUCCUCAAUCCUGCAAAAUAGGAGUAUACGUGGAUCACAGCGCAGGUGUCCUGUGCUUCUUCUCUGUCUCUGUCUCUGACUCCAUGACUCUGCUUCACAAAGUGGAGACCACAUUCACUGAGCCUCUCCAUGCUGGACUCUGGGUUUGUUCUGGAUAUGCCAAGUUGAUCUAGCUGCUGGACAGGACUUAAAGUUGGAACUUUUGGAUUUAUUUCUGAUUGAACUUUUCUUUCCCACCUCUGUCCCUCAAUAGUGGGCUGGAGUUUUAAGCUAUGUCAGACCACAUCGAGGAUCUGUUUCUGUACUUCAUUUCCAAAAGUUCAGAAAUUGCUCUGAAAAUGGUGAAACAAAACAUUUUAAGAAGAAAAAUAUGAUCUCAAAUGAUAUUGAAAGGACCGUUUUUUUUUAUUUUUCUUUAAUUGAUGCAGAAUAUGUGAUACCGUAUUUUUCGGACCAUAAGGCGCACCG